AUGCUGGCCCUGAAACAUUUGGUGUUCUGUCUAAGCGUUUCUGUGGCAUACGCCGACGUAGUGUUUGAUAGUUGGAAGAAACCGCCGGACAACAAUCCUGACCUGAACAGAGAAAAGCUUGGCGCCAUGCAGGAUGCCUGGAAGACAAUCAGGUUUACGGCGAACCAGAGCUAUUAUCUCAUUUAUAGUACCGGGCCGUGGACCAGUGCACUUUACAGAGAUAAGAAAUGUUUCCAAGUGCAUUCAAGUGACCUCAAUGACACAUUGAAGAUUGCCAAUUACACAUCAAAAUGGUACGACACAAAAUCUAAAACAACGAAUUCAAAAACACAAUUCGUUCAAGCUGUAAAACAAAAGGGUUAUAGUAUUGAAAAUACUAUGCAACUGGGCCAGUCAAAGCCUACAGCCACAUCACGAAAUGGAAGCUGCUACGAGCUCAAUUUCAACUUCUUCUGCGGAGAAAGAGGCUGCAAAAUAUAUCAUCCGGAAUGUUGGGGAAAAACCUUUACUAAACUUUCAGAAAACUACGUUAUAUUCAGCAAUCCCUUUUGUCAUAUAUUGAGAUCACUACAAAAUACGCGCGCUGCUGAAUCUUGUGAAUUCUGGUUGAAAGAAGAUUUGUUAAAAAAUAUGACCAUUCCCCAAGCCAAUACAAGAGCAGGAAGCGAAACAAAUGAAGAACAGAAAGAAGCGCUUGACAGUUCGAGUAAAACUACAUAUUUGUAUGAUUCCUUAUUUAAGGAACUUCCGUCCAGCUGUCGAUACGCAUUUCUUCUCAACUGUGGAAAUCCAGCAUACAGAAUUUAUGACAAGGAAUAUUGCGACAAGAUAGAUGAAACAGAUAACGCCGCAUAG